AUGGAGACGCUCAAGCCGAUGCAUCUUCCGCUCGAGCUGGUCCUAAAUGUGAUUAUCUGUUCGCUGCCGAAGCCGAAUGUACUACUACGUCCCGCGCACCCCAUCACUCAGUUGCUUCUACAGUUUACUUUGGUCUGCCAUGAGACGAGACGUGUGGCCAACCGUGCGCUUCGAGAACAUUGCGUGUACCUCUCUUCUGAAGCACGCCUGUGCUCGCUGCUCCUGGUCAUACCCUCUGCCAGACCCGAUCUCAGACAGAUAACCGCCCUCUUCCUGGCACCUUUCAACGAGACUAUCGACGACCAGCCCAUAGCAACAUGGAUCCGCGAACUCUUCAACUACACAUGUACGACGCUCAGGCGUUUGAUCAUCGACAUCCCUUUGCGCAGCGUUUAUCCGGAACGCGAUCAUCUCGGAGUUCGGAACAUCCUGCGUGAAGGUUUCCAGAGGCUCGAACAUCUUGAAGAAUUCGUAAGCGUCCGGGAUGAGUUGUUUCUUGAUCUCAACUGGCAUGGUGGUGAGCCUGCUUUCUGGACGAACUGGCCGAAGCUCCGACGGCUGGCCAUCUACAAUCCGGCCAGCCACCCGUCCUUCUGGAGAGACGUCGGCAAGAUGCCAAAUCUGGAGACGUUAGUCAUGACUCGCGCCGAUGGACUUCGGGACUACGACAUCAAAACACAAUACUUCAGACACUGCAACAAGUCAUUGAAGGUGCUAUUAGUCGAGAUCGACAGUCAACAGAUGCGAUUUGGUAACUUCCGGCGCGAAAAGUGGGAUAAUGCCGACCCAAAGAAGCGGAUGACCAUCAUGACAUAUAGUAUACCCCUGUUCAUGGACGAUGAUCCUAUCGACGUGUGUCAGGACUAUGUGAGGAUCGGAGCCGAACACGGCACGCUUUGGAACUGGGAGGGAGAGAUCAUCCAACAUCCUCCGAGAUUUACCCAGCCACCACGGUUGUCAGAAGCAAUCUCCUUCUUUACUCAGUGA